GUGUCGAUCAUUAGUGCAAGUGAGAUUAUCAAAACGAUCGGACGUACAGAAAAUAACAAAAUAAAAAAAAAAACAAAAACCACCAGCUAAAUAAAAAAAUAUCUAUCUCUAUAUAAAAACAUUAAGUGAUCGAUCGAAUUAGUAGUACAUAAUACAUAUUUAAUAACAAUAAUAAAAUAAACAAAACAAAGCAACAGAUCAUCUGUAACAGUUAUAAUUUUGAUCGUACAGGGGAAAGAAACAUGGCUCAAGAUUGGCAAAACAAUGAAGAAAUACAAUAUUUUUGUGAAUAUUUGCGUAUACCCAGUGUUCAUCCACAGCCCGAUUACAAACCGUGUGUGGAAUUUUUAAGAAAACAAUCUCAAUUGCUGGGCAUGCCCAUGCGUGUCUAUUGUCCAGUAAAUGAAGAAAAUCCUAUUGUCAUACUAACAUGGGCUGGCACAGAUUUAAGUUUGCCCGGAAUAUUGCUCAACUCGCACAUGGAUGUCGUACCGGUAUUUCCUGAAAACUGGACACAUCCGCCAUUUGGAGCUGAUAUUGAUGAAGAGGGUCGUAUUUAUGCACGUGGUACACAGGAUAUGAAAUGUGUUGGCAUGCAAUAUUUGGGAGCUUUGCGUGCACUGAAACGAAGUGGCGUACAAUUUAAGCGAACUAUAUAUUGUUCAUUUGUACCAGAUGAGGAAAUGGGUGGUGGUCUCGGCAUGAGGCCAUUUGUUGAAACAUGUGAUUUUAAAUCACUAAAUAUUGGUUUCUCUUUGGAUGAAGGUUUAGCAUCACCCACUGAUGUCUACCCAGUGUUUUAUGCUGAACGUAGUGUAUGGCGUGUGUAUUUUCACAUCAAUGGCAAUGCGGGUCAUGGUUCAUUGUUGCUAAAAAAUACGGCUGGUGAAAAACUCAAUUAUAUUUUACAUAAAAUGAUGUUAAUGCGUGAAGAGCAGGUCCGUCGCUUGGAAAAUAAUCCACAACUAACAAUCGGAGAUGUAACAACCAUUAAUCUAACCAAAAUUUCAGGUGGCGUACAAAGUAACGUUAUACCGCCAAAAAUGAUGUUGUGCUUUGAUGUUCGCUUAGAUUUAAAUGUUGAUCAUAAGAAAUUUGAAGCCAAGCUGCACCAGUGGUGCAAGGAAGCUGGUGGAGAUAUAGAAAUUACCUACGACCAGCAACGUCCCCGUGUCGCGCCUACUGCUACCGAUAAUAGUAAUCCAUAUUGGGUGGCCUUCAAAAAAGCCACCGAUGAAAUGGGUCUCAAGAUUGAACGUCAAAUAUUUACUGGUGGCACUGAUAGUCGUUACAUACGCCAAGUUGGUAUUCCUGCUUUAGGCUUUUCACCAAUGAAUAAUACUCCAGUAUUGUUGCACGACCACGACGAAUUCAUACGCACUGAUACGUAUUUGCAGGGCAUUGAAAUUUAUAAGAAAAUUAUUUCAAAUUUGGCAAAUGCCUGAUUUUAGUUUAAAGUGUUUUAUGCAAUGUUGUACAGUUUUUAAAACUAGUUUUUUAAAAUAAAACAAAUAAGACUUUACCCCUUCCAAA